GGAGUCUGACAUCAGCAGCUUUCUCUUUCUUCCAGAUGGGACGAAUCACAGGAGGCGUACAUCAAUCGAUGAGAUAUAGGGCUCAUACCCUCUGACCAAGCAGAUGGAGAGGAUGGCAGACGCAGAUGUUGAAGAUGAGAUCAUUCAUUGUCAUACCCCGCCUUGACUACAAAGAGAGGGGAAAGAGAAGAGAAGAGUCAAUCAGUCGAUCGAUCGGGACAGACGAGACUUCACCAUGGCACCAAAGGUUCUUUUCGUACUCACCUCUCAUGAUAAACUGGGCAACACCGGCAAGCCCACGGGAUGGUAUCUCUCUGAAUUCGCCCACCCCUACCACGUCCUCAAAGACCACGUCUCCAUCACCAUCGCCUCCCCCCACGGCGGCCCCGCGCCUCUCGACCCCUCCUCCAUAACCGCCGCCUCCUCGGACCCGAUCUCGACAUCCAUCCACCAGCACCAGUCCACACUCUGGUCCAACACAGUCCCGCUAUCCUCGAUCCUAGGGCACGCCUCGGACUACGAAGCCAUCUUCUUCGUCGGCGGUCACGGGCCUAUGUUCGAUCUCGCGACCGACCCGCAGAGCCACCAGCUCAUCAACGAGUUCCACUCGCACAACAAGAUCAUCGCGGCGGUAUGCCACGGGCCCGCGGCGCUCGCGCACGUCAAGUUACCCGGGGGCGCGCACCUGCUCGCGGGCCAGCCCGUCACGGGGUUCUCGAAUAGCGAGGAGGACGCCGUGGGACUGACCCAGGCUAUGCCGUUCAAGUUGCAGGAUGCGCUGGAUGAGGCCUCGGGUGGGAAGUAUGUCAAGGCGGAUAAGGAUUGGGCGCCCAGAGUGGUGGUGGCGAGAGGUGGGAGGCUGAUUACGGGCCAGAAUCCGGCGAGCGCGACGGGGGUGGGACAGGCGAUUUACGAUGCUAUCUUUGGGGAGUUGACGACGAGGGAUGAGGUGUAAGGUAGCGGGGGGAUGUGGGAAGUGGGGAGUGGGGAAUGUGGGGAGGGGGAGAUAGGCGGGGUAGGAUGUAGGUAGAUGUAGAUAUUGGUAGAUGUAGGUAGAUAUCGGUUGAUUGAUUGAUUGAUUGAUUGAUUGAUCUCUGAUCUGGGUCUCCUCCAUCCUCCAAUGAUCCUACCACCGCCAUCGUUAUCAUUAUCAUCAUCAAGCUGAGUCUCAAACAGAGCAUGCCGCAACACCCGAGAUCCCUAGCCCAAUAU